UCAGCAUCCUGCUCUGAAACGCAUUCUGUCCGUCAUCCCGUUUAGUGGAAAAAAGCAGCAGAUUUCUGCUGAUGCAUUGAUGUCUGGAAAUGUCAAGGGCUCGCUUAUUGCCCCUUAAUGUAUCUCCCUCCCGAAUUGCAGCGCAAGAUUUUCUCCUGCGGUAUAAACUGUAAGCACCUCUCACCGCCGUGCCGCCGCUCAAGGAACUACCGACUCUGCAGCUUGGCAGUUGCCUCUUUUUGCUCUUUUUCCAUCUCAGGCUCUCCUUAUUUGAUUAAUCUGAUUUUCACUUUGAGUUGUAUCCUUUUGCAGCACAGCUUAGACGGCUAUGCGCACAGUAAAGCUCUAGGCUCUUUAUAGGUGCAACUAAAGUUGCCACCUGACACCCACCGGUGCCCCGCUGUUGGAUGAUUUUACUCGAGGCUAAGACGCAUUUAAGACCCCUUAAGAUCAAGUCACGAAGCAGCAGCAGCAACUGCUGCAGAUGCACUGGAGAGCAGCAAUGGUCAAGUCAGCGAGAGCCGCAGUGGAGCCGCACUGAGGCAGACCAGCCAACCACCCCCCUUGCAACUGGGGACGCCUCCAACAAUCCAAGGGGUGUGGGAAGCUGAGGAGUGGAAAAUUUCUCCCAAUCCUGAAUGCCUGCUCAGUCUGACUAACCAACACCCCAAUAUAUUUCCUAUGCCUCUUCUUUCACAUUCUUCUCCUUUUCCCAAUACAAAAUGACUGUAGUAGCAGGAGAUAACAUGGAUGAGACCUCUGCCGUUCCGGGCCACCCUCAGGACACCUACCCCCCAGAUCACAAUGACCACGAGUGCUGCGAGAGGGUGGUCAUCAACAUAGCCGGCCUUCGAUUUGAGACGCAGUUAAAAACUCUCUCCCAGUUUCCGGAGACAUUGCUGGGCAACCCCAAAAAGCGGAUGCGGUACUUUGACCCCCUGAGAAACGAGUACUUUUUUGACAGAAAUCGCCCCAGCUUUGAUGCCAUUCUGUAUUAUUACCAGUCUGGGGGGCGUCUGAGAAGGCCAGUGAAUGUCCCUUUGGAUAUGUUCUCAGAAGAAAUCAAAUUUUAUGAGCUGGGAGUGGAGGCGAUGGAGAGGUUCCGUGAGGAUGAGGGUUUCAUCAGGGAGGAAGAGCGUCCUUUACCUGAGAAGGAGUUCCAGCGUCAGAUCUGGCUCCUGUUUGAGCACCCAGAAAGCUCAGGCACCGCCAGAGGGAUUGCCAUUGUGUCUGUGAUGGUAAUUCUGAUUUCAAUAGUCAUAUUUUGUUUAGAGACUUUGCCACAGCUGAAAGAGGACCCAAUGGGUCAUUUCCAGAGAGUGGGGAACACUACUAUUUAUUAUAAGCCAAAUAUCCUCACUGACCCCUUCUUCAUCAUUGAGACUCUCUGUAUAAUCUGGUUCUCUUUUGAGUUGAUAGUACGCUUUCUGGCAUGCCCAAGCAAACCGGCCUUCUUCAAGAACAUGAUGAACAUGAUCGACAUUGUUGCUAUCAUCCCUUAUUUCAUCACACUCGGCACCGAGCUGGCUGAAGACCCAGAUAAUGAGGGGGUAGGGGAGCAAGCAACAUCUCUGGCCAUACUCAGGGUGAUCCGUCUGGUCAGAGUGUUUCGGAUCUUCAAGCUGUCACGACACUCCAAAGGACUUCAGAUUCUAGGGCAGACCCUCAAGGCCAGCAUGAGAGAGCUGGGAUUGCUGAUCUUCUUUCUGUUCAUUGGAGUCAUCUUGUUCUCCAGUGCUGUCUACUUUGCUGAGGCGGAGGAGCAAGGUUCCUACUUUGGCAGCAUCCCAGAUGCAUUCUGGUGGGCUGUUGUAUCCAUGACAACUGUGGGCUAUGGGGACAUGGUCCCCGUCACUAUUGGGGGCAAGAUUGUUGGAUCUCUGUGUGCCAUCGCUGGAGUGUUGACAAUUGCUCUCCCAGUGCCUGUCAUCGUGUCCAACUUCAACUACUUCUACCACAGAGAGACCGAGGGAGAGGAGCAGGCCCAGCUGCUCAACGUCAGCAAUCCCAACAUCCCCUCUGAAACCAACUCCAGCCGCCGCAGCUCAUCAACUGUCAGCAAGUCAGAGUACAUGGAGAUCGACGGAGAUAUCAACAAUAGCAUCGACAAUUUUAGGGAGGCAAACCUUAGAACUGGCAAUUGCACUAUAGCCAAUCAAAACUGUGUAAAUAAAAGCAAGCUGCUUACAGAUGUUUAGACGCCAGUAAGGAACUUUAAGAUCUCUAUUGGACUGUCAUAUGUGGAGUAGACCAUAAGUUAGGAACGCUUCAUUUAUCUCCCCAAAGCACUCUAAGACAUUAGACCUACAACUAUGCUCAGCUAUAUGGAAAGGAAACAGAAAAAUACAAAGCUGUUAAAAUAUAUGCCAUGUAGAUAGAAUAAUUAAUUCUACUGAUCCUACAAAUAUAUAGUUAUAUCAAAGACAAGACAUCCAUUAUUACACAUAUACACGGCUCCCUGGAGGAUGCAGAGCACACCCUGUCUUAUCAGACGACAGCGUGAUAAUUAAAAUUUUAUGCAUGGAGUACAGAUAACAUUUAAAGCAAGUUGCACAAUGCACCAGAAACGACUGCAGACAUGCAAGCCUCUGCAGCCAAGUGGUAACAGCCAAGAAGUUAGACCACCUCCCCCUUCAACCUUCCCUCCUCCUCUCCUCCUCUCUCCUCUCUUCCCUGUGAAGGAUCUACUACUCAGCAAAGCACCUUAUAGGAGGAAGACUGAUCUCUCUUGUUUGGAUGUAAACAGAUGGCGAUCUGCUUGCUUCACGGACAUCUGCAAUGCUGCUGUUUUCCGGCAGUUGCUGUAAUUGUGUUAUCACCAAGUGAUUCAAUGCCAUGCCCUUUAGAUGCAACACAGCACAAUGAUAAAAGUGAGCUUCACAUUAGCAUGAUUUAGAGACUUUCCAUUUUGAUAUUGGCAUGCAUGAGACAUAUGUCACAUACUGGAAAGGAUGUUCUUUUGGAUAUCUGCCUCCAUUUCCCUCCUUCUCAUAUGUUUUCAUACUGAGUGCACUGGAUGAGUUUUUAAUUAGAAAUGCUAAUCAUUUAGAAGCAUAGAAAUUGAAUGUUAAAUCUUAAGGGAACAGUACAUAAAUGAGAUCAUAGCAUGAAAAAAGUAAACUGCAUUAUGGCCUAUCGACUAAGGUACUUUUGUAUCCCGGUAUAUUUAAUGCAUGACGUGAAUAUACAGCUUGUUGCAAUUCAAGCACUCUGCAGUAUCCCUACCAUCAGGGCAACUGAAGAAAUCAAAAAUGUGGGUGUUUCUGAAUUGUGAUCAAAUAUAUCCAACGCCACCAUGAGGAUGCAGAGUUUCUAAUUUAAAAGUAGGCAAAGAAACAAAUAAUAUCAAAAAAUGCAUAUAAUCAUAAUAGGCACCAGUUACAGUAUUAGUCAAUAGUGCAGUGCAUGGACCUUCUUUGAACAAGAAAAGUUAACAUAAUGUUAGUCAUGCUUCCAUCUCCACCUCUGAUUUUAAUAUGUAUUAGUUUUGAAUCCAAUGAAAAGGAUCAGUUCAAAUUUCACAUUUGUGAGAAUUAUUCUGACAUUAGUUGCCAGUGCCUUUUCCCCUUCCACCAACAGGUCCAGUGAAAGUGCCUCAGUGUACAAUGGUAUAUGUGUAUGGUUGAGUAGAGCUGGCCUUAGUGAUGAAGCAGUGUUACAUAUGAUAUUAAUGAUGCCAGAUGAGUAGUUCAAACAGCAGGUGACAGUGGUCAAAAAUAGAAAAAAGAAGAAAUUGAUCUCCAUGCUGUCAUGCACAACCAAGUUUUCAUGCUGUCAUGCACUUAACUAUGCCCUUAGGCAGCAAUGUAAUGUACUCUGCAUGUUUACUAUUCCAACUUAAAAGGGAAUAUCUGAUUUUCACAACUUUGUUCAUGCCUGUUGUUUUUUGUUGUUCACCAUGCAUCCUUUCAGGGUCUCUACCUCAGCGAGGUCAUUGCAAACUUGCUGCAGAGCUGCAAGCUUCAAUGCAGGGCUUCCUACCCCAUAAUGCAAAAUAGAACCUUAAGUGUAAAACUGCAGUCAUGCAAUAUUGAAUGUGAGAGUCCCGAAGCAUAGCCUUUACACAAGCACUUACAUGUAGGGCAAGUAGUGUACCACAGUCCUGCUCCUUUUUUCACAUAAAGCUGCGCACAAUCAGGACAUUAAUUUGUAAAGAGUUUGCAGAGAUGACUUGACUCUUCCUAACUGAAACAGUGCCAUGUCAAGUUACAGCUGUGUCACAGGGAAACACCUGAAUGUGUUUAAGCACAUCUGUGUGGACUGCAACAGGAAAAUUAGAUCUAUAGUCAUAUAAUCUGUCACAAUGCAGAUAAGGGCAUUAUCAUGCACACUAAAAUGCAGCCCAUCCUUUUUGCACAAUAGCUUCAUUGUGUUUGCUUGGACUUUUUUCAUACCUGCAAGAUUUUUUUUAUUUUUUUUUUCACUGUGCUUGCACAUUUUCAUAAAUAUAUUUUCUCAGCAUAUUGCAGGAGAACUGCAGAUAAGUUGGGACAAAAUGUAACAACUACUUGAAAAUCUCCAGCUAUUGUACAUUAAUCUACACUCAGUACUGGGAUGAAUUCAUCAAAAUGAUAACAAGUUUUGUACUGAACUAUAUGCUUUAUUUUUCUUAUUAUUUAGCACUCUCCUGACAACAUCCUGUAUGAAAAAAAACCACUGCAGUGCUAUUUGAAUGUCAUAGCUGUUUCUGUUGGUGCAAUGGCCAUCCUUUGUGGUGCUAGUACAAGACUACUGCUGUUGUCUUGUUACCACAACAUGUCAUCUGAAGCUGAAGUGAGCCUUUGCUAAAUGUUUAGAAAAAAAAAAGAUUUUCCAUUCAAUCAUGUUUCUUCCAAACUCUUAUGUUAUUGGUGGGUGGUUUGUUUAGAGGAUUGUUUGUAAUUUUGUUUGGAACUAAUCUUUGUACUGUACCUCUGAAGAGUAUCUGCCUCAGGCAAAGUAAAUAUGCUACGUGUCAGUAACUAAUCACAAGUGCAAAAAAAGAAAAAGAAAUAGAGGUCAUUCAACUUGUCUUUACUUUUUAGAACAGUAAAACAGCCAAAAUAAGCAUUGGUAGC